AACACGUGUUGUAUAAAAAAUAAAAAAGGUGUGAGAAUAUUUUUGUAAAAAAAUAUCAAAAUUAUGGUUUGGGAAGAAGUCGAAACAGCAAAGGAAGAGAAAAGAUACGAGCUAGUUCUACAUGGAACUGAAAUCUCCGAAAGAGUAACUUCUAGUGGUUUGGAUGAAACUAUAUUCACCUUGACAAAUCUCAAUUUUCUGCAAAUAUCUCAAACUGAACUGUCAGAACUGCCCGAAGCGCUUCGUCAACUUGUGAACCUUCGUACGUUGGAUUUACACCAGAAUAAGCUGUCUAAACUACCGUCUUGUGUCGGAGAGCUCGCAGAAUUGAAGUUUUUUGAUAUUUCUGGUAAUGUAUUGUCCGAAUUGCCCGUACAGUUGGGCGAAUUGACCAACCUACAUACCCUGAAUUUGAGCUGCAAUAAGUUAAAUUGUCUGCCAUCUUUUGAAAAGCUUAUUCAUCUAUCAAAAUUUGAUUGCUCCCACAAUAAAUUGGUAAGCCUGCCAGAUGGGGUUCACAAAUUGCAAACUCUGUAUGAGCUCCGUGCCUCGAACAAUAUAAUCGAAUCUAUCUCUGCGGAAAUUUCCCAUAACGUAGCUUUGAAAGUGUUGGACCUUUCUCAUAAUAAGCUCAAAGCCCUACCAGCAGAGCUUGCUGACUGCCACAAAUUGAAAGAACUGACGUUGUUGGAAAACCCGAUUGGGGAUAACCGUUUGAAAAAGCUUAUUGCACAGUGCCCAACGAAGUCCGUCCUCGAUUACGUUCGAAAUACAAGCGGCAAGACCAAAGGAAAGGGUAAAAAGGGAAAGAAACAUAGUUCUAAAAGUGACGGGGAUAAGGCUGACGAGGACCCACAGUUCGUUAUUAAAGUGGAAAGGAGUGAUGAGUACAAGGUUGUGAUAAAACAGAGUGUCACUGAUGUCCGACCGUAUGUUGUGUGUGCUAUCGCAAAGCAAAUUGACCUGGGUCAGCCUGAAACGUUCAAGAAAUUUAUUAAUAUGCAGGUAUUAUGAAAAGAUUACUUACUAAUAUAAUUAGUUUAAAGAUAAAGAGCAGAGCCCAGCAAAUAACUUUAAAUCCAAACAUAAUAAAAGGAAAAAUUGUUAUUAGCUAACGUUUCAUUGUUUACAAUACAACGUCAGUUCAGAGCAAUCUAAAUGAAUUUACAGGGUAUGGUAUAUAUAUUUACAAAAUAAUGGUUUAAUAUUACAAAAACGGUUACAUCAAUAACUAGUUAAUAAGUAAAGAUAAGUGUUAGACAGACUAAGUAUAGUUAAGGUUAAUAUUAUAUAACUAAUAAAAUGUCCUUUGUACCAUCUGAAAUUCAGGAUGGCAUCAAAUGUCACUGUUUAUUUGUUAACCCAUUGAGUGUAUUUCGGGCAAAAAUUAAGAAAAGUGCCACGUUAUAGGUGACCUGCCGUAUUUGUGCUUGAAUAUUUUUUGUGUAUUGGAAAAUCAAUCAUUUCAAUAUAACAAGUUGUAUUCACAACUGAAAUAUGGAAUACUGGUCAGAGUUUUCUUCAAGGUUAUGCAGGACAUUUUAUUUGACAAAAUUUAUUUUUCAGACAAAACUUCAUGAAUCUGCUUGUGAUCAUCGAGCUGUGGCAACCAUUGCAACCCACUGCAUGACGUCGCUUUCAUUUCCACUUGUUUACGAAGCCUUGCCAGUGGAUGAAAUCAGUCUGGUCCCUUUGGGAAAGAAUAAAACAUUCACGGCAACCGAAUUGGUCAAUGAUUUGAAGGCAACUGCCACUAAAGAAAAGCAAAGAACAAAACGUCAGGCAAAAUCAGGGCUUUUAAAGUAAGUAUUGUAACUACGAACAAUUAAGGUCUAAAAUUGCAGUG